GGUAGCACGUCCAGUUCAGCCAUGUUGUGGUUUUGAAUGAGGAAGAAGCGGGAGAUGGUUUUCUUCAACGAGUUUAUAUACAAUUUAAAGUCACGCUGGGGAUAUAUAAACGAGCUAGGGCGCGACUCAACAUGAUAGCCGUUUGUCCGAACGCGUUGGUUGUGACUUGCCGCGUUCCUGUGGGAAUUUAAACAUACUUCCAUAAAUUAGCCGUGUAGCUAACAGUGUCUGCUAGCAGAGAAGUUAGCAUAGUGUGCUAGCUAGGCAACUAGCGAGUUAUCAGCCAACUAGCUAACGGUUAGCUCGCGUCUCGGAAAAGUAAAAUGAUAUUUGCGAGGACGGUAAGCCUUUCGAACGGCCCCAGCUAACACACCUCGGUCGACUGAAAUGGUUUCGCUGGAUUUUGUUUGACCACAUUGACAGGUAGACUGAACGCAGACACGGCGAUUUAUAUCUAAACCAGCGGCGCUAUUUGUAAAACUUUUGAGCCAUGUUGAAUAAAAUCUACGGAUGGUUAGAAACCAGCGUUGCCAAUCUUCGCAACGGUGUUCCAGCUGCGGAGCACUCGGAUGCACACCGGGCGCCGGGAGAUGGUCCGGCGCGGAGGAAGAGACCAGUUGAAUGUUUGGAAGAUGGACAUAACGAUGACCAAGAUGGCUUAAUGAUAAAGAGAUCACGAAUGGGGGAUAUCAUUGACACAGUCAAGACGGCGGCUGAAGGUGUGAAGAGUCACAGUUCCAGUGUGGCUGCAUGGAUGAAGAGCACCGUCAGCCCCCCUUUAAGAAACGUCCUGCCACCCUCCACCGGACCGCCACCUGGAGAGCCACAGCCCUCCACAUCAGCAGCAGCCUGGACAGGGAGGCCGAUUGCUGAAAGUAACUCUCUGGGUGAGACGUUUGCCGCUCCCUCAACGACUUUGGAGUGGAAAACAUCCAAAUCAGAAUGGUUGCGUAAUGAGAAGUCCAUCAUGGGAUCAAAACAAUGCAGGCGACAAGUGUGCAUGAGUCCUAGUCACCGCGAGGUGCCGAAAGCGAAUGGACAUUCAGUCAACCUACCACCAUUUCUCACCCCUAAAUUGCACCCGACUCCGCGGCUGGGCAGACCCCUAAACCUUCGACCAUAUGGAGCACCAAGUUUCUGUGCUGGACCGGGCACCACUAGCAGCUCCUGCACCAGCAUGUAUGAGAAGACGUUUCCCAUCAAAGUGAUGCCGAGUCCAACACACAGCGCCUCAUCUGGCCGCAUGCACAGGGCCAGGCCCCAAUGCACAGCACAGGAGUCUGUUUGUGAAGAGGAGAAGGAGGUCUACAGGCAGCUCCUAACUAUGGUCUCGGGUGGUCAGUCGUCGUUUCUUCACAACGGCAGCUCACAUGCCAUUGUGAGGUCACACAGAGAUUUCACCAGCUUCCUGACGACCAGCCGCAGACUGUUACAGUUCUCCUCCCCGACUGGGUCGGCAGCGGGAGAAACUUCUGAGGGAACCAGCGGCCCACCAAGCCCAAGAGGGAUGUCAAGCCAGAGCUCAAGCAACCUCCCCAGCCCAGUGGAGGCCUCCAGCAGACCAGGGAUCCAGACGUGGUCUCUGGACAUGGACAUCAGCUCCAGCAGAGCAGCUACUCUCGCAUCAGCAUCCUCCCCAUCUGCUCUGCAGGAUUCCUCCUCUCAGGACACACAGUCAUCAGCUCAUGAUGGUGACUCUGUAAUCAUAGUAAAUGAGCAAAAGGGUAAAAAGCAAGACAGCUCAAGCAUGCCAUGUUUCCAAGCUGAGUUAUGGAUCAAAGAAUUAACAAGUAUGUACGACUCUCGUGCAAGAGAAAGACGGAGACAGAUAGAAGAGCAGGAGGCCCUGGCCGCCCAGUUGCUGCGACAGCGCCUGUCUGAUGCGGGGAAACGCAGUCCAGAUGUGGAGGUUCACAUUCGAGUUCCUCUGGAGAAGGAGGUUCCUUUGGCUGCUGUGAUAGAAGAACCAAAGCCCCUGGAAGAAAAACCAGAAUUUCCUGAACUUACAGAGGAAAUGGGGGCUGAGGUUAACCGGUUGCUGAGAGCAUCAAAUCCUCAAGAAGUGUUAAGUGAAGGUUUUGGUCUCAGGCUUACGCGGAAAGACCUGUACACCCUCAGCAACCUCAACUGGCUGAAUGAUGAAGUGAUCAAUUUUUACAUGAACCUGCUGGUCGAGCGCAGCAAGGAUCCCAACUUGCCAUCGGUCAAUACGUUCAACACUUUUUUCUACCCGAAGCUGGGCAGGAGUGGCUACUCGGCUGUCCGUCGGUGGACCAAAAAGACAGACAUCUUUUCUAAAGACAUCCUGUUGGUUCCUGUCCACUUGGGGGUGCACUGGUGCCUCUCUGUGGUGGAUUUCAGGAAAAAGGCUAUCAUGUACUUUGAUUCAAUGGGAGGAAACAACGAUGAAGCAUGCAGAAUAUUGUUUGACUAUCUGCAGCAGGAAAGUAGGGACAAAAAGGGCAAAGAGCUGGAUACCUCAGGCUGGACUCUCCACAGUAAAAAGCCCAGUGAAAUCCCUCAGCAGAUGAAUGGAAGCGACUGUGGAAUGUUCACUUGCAAAUAUGCAGAUUACAUUACCAAAGACAAGCCAAUCACAUUCACGCAGAAACACAUGCCCUACUUUAGAAGAAGGAUGGUUUGGGAGAUUGUGAACCAUAAACUGUUGUGAUGUCAGGACGAGGACUUUGAAACUUUGUGUGUAGUUUCGAUCAGUGUUGAAAAACACGAGUUGCGACUACGGCUGAGCUACAGUCGUGUGGUUCUGGGAAAGACUUGCACACUAGCUCAUUGGAUCAGGAAACCAGCUCUGCCACUCUCCCUCCUCUGAGGCCAAUCAAGCCCUCAGCCGCAGUGGCUGAUGGGAUAUUGCUGAAGCACUCAAGCACUGCCUCCCAGUCUUAUUCUCCAGUUUUUCUUUUUGUGAGUCAUGGUGCUGCACCCGCGGAGUAUCAGUACAGCAGCUGAAACACUGAACUGUUUUUGACACGUAUUGACUUACAGACCAUACUCUGAGCUGCAAUGUUCCCUUUGAUGCAGACACACAGUUUACAUGUUUUUGUCUUAUGGGGAGAUGAGUGUAUAAUGCUGCAUUGUUUUUAUAAAGACAGUGAUGCUACAUUUUACUGUCACUGUCAGUUUUUGAUACUGUUGGUACGUGCAAAUAAAAAUGUACUUUACGAUAUGAAUGCCCACAAAACUGAAAUUUUGAUGGUAUCUAGACCAAAAAUCUGCCUCUUUGUAUUUGGGCACAAGUCUUGUUAUCUUUUCUAUUUUUCUGGGAAACCGACAUUACUCCCACAGCAAGAUUAUUUUGUAAUUUGAUUAAAAUGCACAAAGAUCUUCAAAUGUGACAUUACCUCAGAGUAUGAUUUCUAAUGAAAACAGAAUGUUGUCUUACCUUUAUAAUGAUGUACAAACAAAAUAGUUUUAGUUGCACCCUAAAACAGCAGCGCAAAAAUAAUUUGCAAUAUCUUUGUUCGUUGGACUUGAUAGAAAAUUGUAAAUUGAGGUUCACAGUCUCUUUUAUGUAUUUUAGUUAAGAAGCAAAACAUUUUUUUAGGGAACUUUGUACAUAAAUCAUAUACGACCCUUGGACAGUGUAAUAUACUUUUUUAUAUACCUGUUUCCUAUCUAUUUUUAUCUAGAUAUGUCUGUUUUAGAAAUAAAUCUUCAUGUAUUGUGA